AGGGAGAUAGACUGGUUGGGCCAAAGUCGAGUGAGGUUCAUUUCAUUGCGUGGAUCUUGGUCACAGCUCAGAAGAGGCGCCAGUGUCUGCGGUUGGUGGAGCAGAUACGAAGCCAUUUCCGUUAUGAAGUUGAAUAGCAUCUCCUAGCCAGAACGAGCUAGUCACUGUCUCCAGCUACCCUAUUGACAAAUGGCCAACCACCCCCUUUGACGGCUCCAGCGAUUACCUCGCCUCUCUUCCGAACGAGCAUCUGACCCAUCUUUACACUACUCAGCGCAACAUCGCCCUUGAUCCAGACAUCGCUCAAGUACCGAUUCAUAGCCCGCCAUCGCUUCAAACAACUCAUCUCCAAACCGCUACCCAACAGAAAACGAACCAUCCAUACCCUUCUGCGACGACAUGCGACCUCCGAAUAAUGCUCAUAGACCCAGAUACCCACCGCAUCACCGCCGUCCUGGACUUCGAAUUCACCAACGCCAUGCCGGCGGCGUUCACGUACGAUCCGCCCUGGUGGCUGUUACUUUCUGGACCGGAGGUGUGGCUUGAGCGGUGUGCAUUGGACGAGUUUCUCGAACUGUAUGAGCCCAGAAUGGAGGAACAGUUCUUGCGUGCUCUAGCGAGGAUGGAGCACGAUUAUUGAGUACAAGGCAGCCCGGUCGUCUGUCUCUUUCUGCCAGGAUGCGCGAUUCAUGGAGUACCGGUCGGUUUUCUGGUUUGAUUAUGCGGCAAGGAAGAGAGCUUUGAUGUUGAUAUCGUUUAUUGGGAUACUACUCUAAAUUCCGCUGGUACUGGGAUUGAAGAGCUUGAUGAGAAGACACGUGCGGAGCUGGAGUUAUUUUCAAGAGGUUGAAGAUGGAGCGGUUGAAGGCGUAUAAGAAGGAGUGUUCUUUGGGGUUUUCUUCGGAUAUA